AUGGCAGCCUUCCCGCAGUACAGCUGGAUCAUCGCCAUUAUCAGUAUUGCGCUCUGCGCCAGCGCCUUUGGUAAUGGCGCCAACGAUGUCGCCAAUGCCUUUGCCACCUCUGUGGCCGCCCGAACCCUCACAAUGGCCCAGGCCGGCAUUAUCUCCAUCUUUACCGAGUUUCUCGGUGCCGUCGUCUUAGGAUCCCGUGUCACAAAUACUAUCAAAAAUGGUAUCAUUGACCUGGACCGGUUCCGAGAGGACCCCGCAACUCUUAUUCUCGUUAUGGGUUGUGCCGAGAUCGCCUCCGCUACCUGGCUAAUUACUGCCACCAAAAUUGGCUUUCCAGUGUCGACAACUCACACCAUCGUCGGCUCCCUCAUCGGGGCUGGUAUUGGAGCCCAGGCUGCUGUCACUUGGAACUGGCAGAAGGGUAGUGUGUCCCAGAUCGCCGCGUCCUGGGCUAUUUCGCCCUGUAUCGCCGCCUGCUUCUCCGCUCUCCUCUUCGCCUCCCUCAAGUUUGCAGUUCUCGAGCGCCAGAACUCUUUAGAUAAAGCGAUGAAGGCUAUUCCCUUCUACCUGGCUUUCACUGGCGCUGUCCUCGCCCUCUUUAUCACCAUCGAGGCUCCUGGUGCGCCGAGCCUUGAGGAACUUGGUGCUGGCGUUACCUGCGGUAUCGUGCUUGGUAGCUUCUUUGGUGUUCUUGCUCUCGCAUAUAUUUCUUUUACGCCUUACUUCCACCGUGCUGUCAUCCUGAAGGACCCCCGUAUGCGGCCCUGGCAUCUUCUUCUCGGCCCGCUACUCCGGAUGGAGAAUCCGCCUCUCUUCUUUGCGGGAAAGACCUCAAUGCUCAAAGACCACUACGAGAGCGCUCACGAUCCGCAAGUCACUAGCGGCACAGGACAGCAGCCUCCCACAACCAGCGGUGACGAGCCGCUCACGGAGCACCAGAAUACCGCGAGUCCCAAUCACCCCGAGAAAUCGAAGCUGGAUCCGCCCGAAGAUGUCGAGCGUCAGCAUCAGGGUUCCGCUGAGGACGACGGGGUUGGGCGGCGCAAGACACGCCACGUCGAGCCGGAGGAGCGCUGGCUCGCUCCCACUGCUCACUUGCCCUUCUACCACCCACAACGAAUGUUAAACAUGCUCAAAUACGCCUUCCUCCAAGGCGUUACCCGCGACUGUGUCUCCCAUUCUUCUGCCCGUUUAGAGGACGUUCACGGCCGGGCUCCCCGCUACGAUAACCGCAUCGAGCAUCUGUGGACGUACGCACAAGUUGCGAGUGCCGUCAUGAUGUCUAUCGCGCAUGGCUCUAACGAUGUCGCUAACGCCGUUGGCCCGUGGGUGGCUGCCUAUGAAGUCUAUAAGACAGGUGUUGUGGGAGAGAAAAACCCUACUCCGGUCUGGAUUCUCGUCAUCGCCGGUUUCCUGCUUGGCGCGGGCUUCUGGGUUUUGGGACAUCACAUUGUCAAGGCGCUGGGCAACAAAAUCACCCAGCUUAGCCCAACGAGAGGCUUCGCCAUGGAGCUCGGCGCCGCCAUCACGGUCUUGCUCGCGAGUCGACUGGGACUGCCCGUGAGCACGACGCAGACGCUCACCGGUGCUGUGGUGGGUGUUUCGUUAAUGAACCUGGACUUUGGCGCGACGAACUGGAGGCAACUCGGGUGGAUCUUUAUCGGGUGGGUGUUGACCCUUCCGGUAGCAGGGUUGAUCGCGGGCUUACUCACUGCUAUGGCGCUCAACUCGCCUCAAUUUGCUUAG